GGGGUUUCCUUUUCCGCCGCGGCGCCAUUGGAGCGGCUGUGUCGAGAUGGGCAAGUUUAUGAAGCCGGGGAAGGUGGUGCUGGUGCUCGCCGGCCGCUACUCGGGGCGUAAGGCUGUCAUCGUGAAGGUGAGUGUGGGGUUGGGGGGGGGUUCCUGCAGGCCUGCUCUCGCUGCUGGCCCCGGACGGCCCGGCGCUGCCCUGGCCGCUCCUGGAGAACGGCCGGCAGCCCGCAGUGCAGCCGGCGGCGCUGUAUUUGGAGAUCCCUGCGCGGGCCGUGCUUGUGUUCCGUUUCCCGGCUGGACGCUGCACGGUUCAGGGCGGUUGUGGCGACCGGUUGGCUCAGCGCGAGUGCGGGAUGCGUUUCAGAACAUCGACGAUGGCACGUCUGAUCGGCCCUACAGCCACGCCUUGGUGGCAGGCAUCGACCGCUACCCACGGAAGGUUACAGCAGCAAUGGGCAAGAAGAAGAUAGCGAAGAGGUCUAAGAUCAAGUCUUUUGUGAAAGUUUACAACUACAACCACCUGAUGCCCACCCGGUAUUCUGUUGACAUUCCCCUGGACAAAACUGUUGUCAAUAAGGAUGUGUUCAGGGACCCUGCUCUGAAACGCAAAGCAAGACGUGAAGCUAAGGUGAAGUUUGAGGAGAGAUACAAGACUGGCAAGAAUAAGUGGUUCUUCCAGAAGCUGCGAUUCUAAAUUUGAAAUAGGACUGUUUCAAUAAAUGUUUAUUAAAAACCA